CGUAUUAAAUCGCUCAAGUCAAGUCAAGAGGCAAAUAUUUGGAUAAGGAAAAAAGUGAAAAAAGUAAACCAUUUUAUGUACACUGAACAUGCAUGUCACUAAUAUGAGUAAUUCUCUCAUAGUAAACAAAAUACCCCUUUUGUGUCAAUUACAGGAUGCCUUGCUGAGAUUAUCAUACAUGUACCAGCUGACUGAGUUUCUCUCGAAUGAGAAGGACAUUUUGCACCAUGGAUGGAUUUUGCCUUCUCUAUCUGCUCGUGAUUCUCCUGGUGAGAUCUGGUGAUGUUGAAACCAACCCUGGACCAGACAGGAUUGUCAGUGAGGAGGAAUUCAUGGAGCUGUCUAAGCUGAUUGCCCCUAGCUACUACAAAGGGGUGGGCGUUAACCUGAAUAUCCCAAAUGCAGAGCUUGACCAAAUCAUCGUGCAGCAUUUGCAAAAUACCAGUGAUGCAUUGAUGACAGUCUUCACGAGAUGGAGAGACAAACAGCCUCCAGGCACAGACAUCAGGGCUCUUCUUGCAGAGGGAUUAACAAGAAGUGACUUAGGGUCCCUCUCUGGCAAACUUCUCGCUGGCAGUCUAGUCCCGAAAAGGAAAGCUUGGAUACCAUUCACGAUGGCAGAGAGGCUGAAAACCGAAGAGAUGACUGAACCCUCGAGUGAUGACACGCUAAGUACAAGGUACAGAUACGUUAAGCAUAAGUCCAUGAUGACUGAGUAAAAUCACUUUGAAGAGUAGUUCA